AUGAAGCUUACGUCUUCUCUCACGAUCUUGCCUCUCCUGGCUACCGUCCACGGCUACAUUCGAACCCACAAGCCAGUCAUCGAUGAAGAGACCAAGACGCUCGCCCAGCUCUACCAAGAAGCUAUCCAAGAAGGAGGCAACCUCGUCGUGUACCACGGUGGUGAUACUCCCGACCAGCAAAACUACACCGCGGAUGCGUUCAAAGCCAAAUUCCCUGAUAUCAACUUGACCAUGAUCGUCGACUACUCCAAGUACCACAACGCGCGGGUGGACAACCAACUCGAGACCAACUCGCUCGUGGCCGACGUGAUUGCGCUCCAGACGCUCCAAGACUACCCGCGGUGGAAGAAGGAAGACAAGCUACUGGCGUACAAGCCCAAGGGCUUCUCGGGCAUCUACGACGGUUUCAAGGACGCCGACGGGACGUGGUACUCGCACGCAGUCUUUACGUUCAGCUACUUCUACGACACGGCGAUCCUCGAGGGGAAGGGCAUCGAUGUACCCAAGACGGCCAAGGACCUCGCGGAUCCCAAGUACAAGGGCUUGAUCGCGUCUUCGUGGCCGCACGACGACGACGCAUCGCUCUUUGUGUACGACCGGUAUGUCAAGGAGUACGGUUGGGACUGGGUGAAGAAGCUUGCCGAGAACAACGUCCAGUUCAACCGCGGCUCCCAUACCGCGGGUGAAGCCGUGGCCAACAAGACCCACGCCAUUGGUGUCGCGGGCUCCGUCCCUGAGGUCAACACCCCCACGGUUGUCGAGCCAACGGGCGAUGGUGCGGGCUCGGACUACCUCUCAUGGGGCCAACGCAUUGCCGUUCUGAAGAAGGCGCCGCAUCCGGCCGCGGCCAAGCUCUUCGUCAACUGGAUUGUAUCCAAGGAAGUGCAAAACACUGUCAUGAAGGGUUUCUCGUCGCGCACGGAUAUCGAAGGUGCGUCCAAGGCGUGGGACGUCAAGCGCGCCAACUCGCUCGCGUUCCAAAAGUGGAUGGAAAAUCGCGCAUACAUCGAGGAGCUAAAGGCCACGUUCGCUUUGUACUUUAAGGAGGUGACGGGCGAGCCGUCGCCGGGCCAAUUGGGCCUCCACCCCGGCAAGAAAAGUUGUUAGCAUUCAGCUAAUAAAUUUGAUGGCAUGAAUAUACCACAGAUUCUAC